UGUGGCUAUAAUAAUAGGAAAAGCAAACAAAGUUGCUGUCGCCGCUGCGCCGUUGUGUUUACAACAGCAACAUCGCAAUGUCGCCGCUUUCCAGCUCGCAAAACUGUACUGAAAAUAAUGGCAACUACGACUACAACAAAGUCGCCAGCAAUGUUUUAUUAAGUUUCACGAAAUAUAUAUGAGCGAAAAGCUCUAUUCGUCGUUUGCUGAGGCAGCAAGCAGCACAGCACAGCACAGCACAGCCCAGCACUGAGAACCAACACAAACAAACAACACGACAGAACACAAAACCCCAGAAAAAUAAAAAAGCGAAAAAGCUAAAAAAAGAGUCGCGGAGAACGCUCUUUGUUUGCCCGCUCGUAAAUAAAUAGGAAUAUGGAUAGGAAAGUCUAAAAAUCAAAUAUUGGAGUGCCCCACGAAACUUCAGGUUUCUAUUUCUUAAGGUCUAGACAGGGCAGCAGAUACAAUGUAACUUGGGCUGUGAGAGGGACGAAACCACCUCCUGCGAAUAUGACAACCUCAACGCGCAGCAGUAACAACACGAGUAGCAACAAUAAUCCCAGCAACGACAGCGGCAGCAGCACCACCUACAAUCACCACAGUCCCACAGGAUCGGGAUCCGGAACCGCAGGAGCCACCAUUGCGUCCACCAACCGAGUGAUGCAGGCGGACGAGGACUUCAACAUCCGCUUUGUCAACCUGGUGCGCACCCACAAAUGUCUGUACGACAAGAAGGUGCCAGAGUACCGCAACAGGGACAACCAAGAGAAAGCGUGGGUGCUUAUUUCGAAGGAGACGCGUGAAAGUGUAAUCCACUGCAAGGAGCGGUGGCGGAACCUGCGCGCCUGCCUCUCCCGCUACAUAAAGCAGCAAUCCGGAUCGGAGCCGCAGCACAAGCCGUACUACCUGACCGAGCACAUGGCCUUCCUGCUGCCCUUCCUCAAGUCCAGUCGCAAUUCCUUGGAGGGCAACAAUAGCCUGGCCACGUUGUACCAGAUGUCCCAGCAGCACCUGCAGCACCACCAGCCGUAUCUCCUCCACCCGGCCAUCCAUGCGCACGAGGAGCACAAGUACUGCGCCAGCACCAACAUCAAUAACAACAACAGCAUCGGCAACAACGGCGAGGAGGUGCUGGAGCUUAAGUACUCGAUAUCCGAGAAGGACGAUGAGGAGACCAUCGAUGCCUUCGAUCCGGCGGUGACCAACUCGCUGGGUCUGAAGCGUCCUCCGUCCACGCCUACCCACAAUUCCGCCCACCAAAGGGGCGGAGGCGACUCGCCGGCCAGGAGCGACACGGCCAGUGCGGACAGCAUGAAGAACUUCAUUCCGGAUGUGCAGCUGGCCGAGACCGGCUCGCAACUCAACUAUAAUGAUGGCGGUCAUGGCACACCACCGCCCCUCCACUACCACCCGCACUCGCAUCCGCAUCCGCAUCCUCUGUCCCUGGCCAUGGAGCAUCAUCCUUCCUUCGAGCCGGGCAGCAAGAGAAUCAAGACGGAAUGCGAGGCCACCAGCACGAUGACGAAUGCAGGAAGUUUCUACGGCGGACUGAGUUCCUCGGAGGUGGCUGACAUGGAGUUCUUUCGCAGCAUCCUUCCAGAUCUUGCUGCUCUGACGCCCCAGCAGCGUCGCAAGUUCAAGAUUGGCAUCCUGGAGCUGAUUGACGACGUCGUAACCCGCUAUCCCGCCCAGGAGCACUGCAACGGAGGAGCUGUAUCGGGCGUGAUCAAUGGCAGUGGAGGAAGUAGUAGCAAUGGGGGAUCCGUGAAGCAUCAAAGGCGCAGCUCCGGACGGGAUUGGCGAAAGCAAUGAAGGCAUGCGAAGAGGAGCGGAAAGUCACUAAUCCUUAACUAGAAAUAUGAUAUGUUAAGUAGAAGCCUAAGGUGGAACUUUAGUUGGAGUGGUUACCAGAUGGUAUUCAAACCAACUUCAGUCUGCUCACUGUUUAUGUGUUGUGUGUGCUCAAUCAGAUGAGUAACUAAAUGUCCUUACAUGGUUUUACAUUCUCGAUUUGUGUUCCUUAUUGAUAAGAACAAGUCGUCGGUAUUUCGCUUCUUAAAAUAGUUAAUAAAAUGUACAGGGUUUCAUUUGAAUAGAAUUUCCACAAAUCACCGCACUGUUCAUAUCGAAAUCGAACACAUUUCAACGAACUUGGAAUAAUAAGGUCUCCUGAUAAGCCAUUAUGCUCUAUACGAAGGAGUCUACUAAUCCCAUUUGGAUAUUCUUGACAACUUAGUAUAGAGCGAAAAUAACUAGAUUUAAGAAAACUGUAUAUAUGCUGCUGCUAAAGCCUAAACUAUAAAAUCGAUGUACAAAGCUGUUCCCAUUUAAGUCAAACAAAGCGAAGAAAGGAAAUCAAAUUGCUGUGUAAAAUAAUAAUCAAGUGAGAGUAUGGAAAAUUA